ACAUCUCGACGCAGGCCGGCGCUGGCCGUGACGCGCGACUUUCUCUCUUUUUCGACGUUGUAACGCACAGUCUACGUCAAACCCCCGAAUCCACCACAGUUCAAUCUCUGUCGCUGUUCCCAAGGAAGAAGAUCAUGGCCACGAUCGUCCUUGGUACCGCCUUUGGCGACGAAGGCAAGGGCAAGCUUGUCGACAUCCUCAGCAACGAUGUCAAGCUUUGCGCCAGAGCCCAGGGCGGCCACAAUGCCGGACACACUGUUGUCGCCAAUGGUGUCAGCUACGACUUCCACCUGCUGCCUUCGGGCCUGGUGAACCCAUCCUGCACCAACCUUGUCGGCUCCGGUGCCGUCGUUCAUGUUCCUACUUUCUUCAAGGAGCUCGACGAUCUGGAGAAGAAGGGCCUGCCCAAUGUCCGCGGCCGCAUCCUGCUUUCCGACCGCUGCCACAUCAUCACCGACUGCCACAUCCGCGUCGACGGCCUCGAGGAGAAGGAGCUCGCUGGUCGCAACAUUGGCACCACCAACCGCGGCAUUGGCCCCACCUACAGCACCAUGGCCUCGCGUAACGGCAUCACGCUGAGCGAGAUGUUCGAUGAGGAGGUCUUUGAGCGCAAGAUCCGCACGCUGGCGUACGGCUUCAAGAAGCGGUUCGGCGACCUCCUCGAGUACGACGUCGACGAGGAGAUCCAGCGCUUCAAGGGCUACAGGACUGAGCUCCAGCAAUACGUUGUCGAUGCCGUCCCGCUCAUGGCUGAUGCGCAAGCCAAGGGCGUCAAGAUCCUGAUUGAGGGUGCGCAGGCGCUCAUGCUCGACAUCAACUUUGGCACUUACCCAUUUGUGACCUCUUCCAACACUGGUCUCGGCGGCAUCUUCACUGGUCUCGCCCUCGACCCUCGCAAGAUCGACCACAUCAUUGGUGUCGUCAAGGCUUACUCCACCAGAGUCGGCUCGGGCCACCUGCCGACAGAACUUUUCGACGCUGACGGCGAGAAACUCCAGAAAAUCGGCCAUGAGGUCGGUGUAUCGACAGGUCGCCCCCGCCGAUGUGGCUGGCUCGAUCUCGUGGUUAUCAAGUACUCGCAUGCUAUCAACCACUACACAUCUCUGAACCUCACCAAGCUCGACAUUCUCGACUCUUUCCCCGUGAUCAAGGUUGCCGUUGCCUACAAGGACCCGCGAACGGCCGAAGAGAUCCCCUCUUUCCCCGCAGACCAGAAGCUCCUCGAGAGCGUCGAGGUCGUGUACAAGGAGUUCGAAGGCUGGAACUCGUCGACGACCUCGGUCACGAGCUACUACGGCCUCCCGCCUAACGCACGGAAGUACAUUGAGUUUAUCGAGGAGUUUGUUGGCGUCAAGAUUGGCUGGAUCGGAACCGGCCCUAAGCGCGAGGACAUGAUUAUCCGCAAGGUCUAGGCGUGAUAUGCAUGCGUGCAGCAUGAUUCACCAGCUCCUUGUUCGCAAACGACGAAGCUGUGACCAUGCGGAUAUGGUGAUGUUUGAUCUAGGAGGCCAUCACUUGAGAUGUUUGAGAAAACUGUGUUUACAAUAGAGCGGAAAAAUUCCCAUGGGCCUCGCAAUCAGCGGGUGGGAGAAAAAGAAUAUACAACAAGAUAUAUACGUGUAUACGAUGACGGCCGCGGCGAGUUGCACCUGGUACCGCGGCGCCAAUGGGAACCACCCGGCGGACAAGCUCCGGUGGCUGUAGUGGUCGGGUACUGUCUCCCGAUCUGAGCUAGGUGCGCCACAGGCGCUAGGAUACGCUCGUAUGUCCUACAGGUCAUGAUUUGCAACAAAGGGCAGGCUAACGGAACAAGCUUCUAGAGGCGAGGUGGGAGCUGUUCUUAACCAUGCCCCAGCACGGAGUCAACAGCCGCAAAUGCCGACGGGUGCUCACGCGACGCUAACUAUU